AUGAAAUUAAUCAAUUAUCCAGUGAUUGGACAUCCGGGGGGAACAGUCGUCAGUCGUCACAGUGCAAACUUUUUCUCCCCUUUUAUUCCCCUUUCGGACUUCUCCUUUAAUUUCACUGGACCAAACUAUUUCUCUCCACUCCACAGGAACAAAAAAAAAAAAAAAAAAAACAAAAAUCAUCAGAGCCCUCCGUCCGUUUCCCUGCACAGAGUCUCGGCACUAGUGGAAGACGGCUGUCUCCAUCGUCUCUGCUACGCUCUCCGCCAUUGUUUGCACCUCAUCAGAAAAGUGAUGGAGUUGGAAUCGAACACGACGGGCCGUGGCGGAGGAGGAGGACGAGGGAUGAGCAAAUCGACGAAGAAGGUCCUCCUGAUAGUGAACUGCAUUCUCCUCUCCCUCGGGAGCGCGUGCGGCCCGCUCGUCCUCCGCCUCUACUUCCUCAAAGGCGGCAAAGGGGUAUGGAUCUCCGCGGGCCUAGAAACCGCGGGCUGGCCGUUCGUCCUCGUGGCCCUCCUGGCCUCCUACCUCUACCGCCGCCGCGCCAACGGGCCUGGGCCCGAGCCCACCAAGGUCUCCUUCAUAACCUGGCGCCUCUUCCUCGCGUCCGCCGUGCUGGGCCUCCUGACGGGCCUGGACGACUACCUCUACGCCUCGGGCGUGUCGUACCUGCCCGUGUCCACGUCGUCGCUAAUCAUCGCCUCCCAGCUGGCGUUCACGGCCGUGUUCGCGUUCCUGCUGGUGAAGCAAAAGUUCACGGCCUUCUCCGUCAACGCCGUGUUCCUGCUCUGCCUCGGGGCAGGGGUGCUGGCGAUGCACGCCAGCGGGGACAAGCCGGCCAAUGAGACCAAGGGUCAGUACUUUUUGGGGUUUUUCAUGACCGUGGGCGCCGCCGUGCUCUACGGGUUCGUCCUCCCCGCCAUCGAGCUCACCUACAGCAAGGCACGGCAGAACGUUACUUAUACUCUUGUGAUGGAGAUGCAGAUGGUCAUGUCCCUUUUCGCCACGCUCUUCAACGUCGUCGGCAUGAUCUUCCACCACGAGAUCCAGACAAUGCCGAAAGAAGCAAGCGAGUUCGAGUUGGGAAAAGUGGGAUAUUGCAUGGUGCUGAUAGCAACGGCGCUGGUGUGGCAAUGCUUCUUCGUGGGAGCUGUCGGGGUGGUGUCAUGUGGCUCUUCUCUGCUCUCCGGGGUGCUCAUCGCGACCUUCUUGCCGGUCACUGAGAUUUUGGCGGUCUUCAUCUAUCACGAGCCCUUUGGGGCCGAGAAAGCCAUUGCUCUCGUCCUCUCGAUUUGGGGUUUCAUCUCUUACUUCUAUGGCGAGUACAAACACACCAAAAAAUCAACGCAUACCGCGGAAUGACGAUCGAUCAUCUCUCUUUUUUCUGUAGCUUCAAUUCGUCCAUAUAUGGGCAUUAGAGUUAUAGCUUGUCUAGUAGACAGCUUCUUCUGCCUCCUAAUCUUGUUCCAGGGAACUAAAGGCAAUUAUUAAUUUAGCCUUUAUUACCCAUAAUCUCGCCAUGAAGAUUUUGAGUUGUUGAUUUAGGAGUCUUGAAAAUUUUGAACCAUUGAUCCCUUUUCUUUUUUUUUUUCUCGGUAAGGUAAUUAUCAA